UUAGCUACCAAUCUCCUGGUAAAUUGGGGAGAGAAAGUGACCACAAAGUUCUGCAGACAAUGGAGAAGGAGAAGAAAAGCUAUGGAGCCCAUAUCCUUGUCCUUCCUUAUCCAAGCCAAGGCCACAUAAAUCCUAUGCUCCAAUUCUCAAGGCGCUUGGUCUCCAAAGGCGUCAAGGCCACUCUUGCAACCCCCAUCUUCAUCUCCAAAACCUUCAAGCCACAAGCAGGCUCAGUUCAGCUAGACACAAUCUCAGAUGGCUUCGAUGAAGGCGGGUUCAUGCAGGCCGAGAGCAUCCAUGAGUAUCUCACCCAAUUAGAAGCUGCAGGCUCAAGAACCCUAGCUCAACUCAUCCAGAAACAUAGAGACUUGGGACACCCUUUUGAUUGUAUAGUUUAUGAUGCCUUCUUGCCUUGGGCUUUGGAUGUUGCCAAGCAGUUUGGCCUGGUUGGAGCUGCUUUCUUCACUCAAACUUGUGCUGUUAAUUACAUAUACUAUCAUGCAUAUCAUGGGCUGCUACCACUUCCAGUUAAGUCCACGCCUGUAUCGAUUCCUGGGUUGCCUUUGCUUGAGCUCAGGGACAUGCCUUCUUUCAUCUAUGUUGCAGGGUCUUAUCCUGCCUACUUUCAGCUGGUAUUGAAUCAGUUCUGCAAUGUCCAUAAAGCUGAUUGGGUUCUUGUCAACACCUUCUACAAGUUGGAGGAAGAGGUGGUGGAUGCAAUGGCAAAGCUCUCUCCCUUGAUUACAAUUGGACCAACAAUCCCAUCCAAGUACUUAGACAAUCGACUCGAAAAUGAAGCAGAAUAUGGAUUCGAUCUCUUCUCCUCAGAGCCAUCUGCACACACAAUCAAUUGGCUAGACAAUAAGCCAACACGGUCUGUAAUUUAUGUGUCGUUUGGUAGCAUGGCCUGUUUGAGUGAAGCUCAAAUGGAGGAACUUGCCUGGGGCUUAAAGGGAAGUGGCCACUACUUCUUGUGGGUGGUUAGGGAUUCUGAGGAGGCAAAGCUCCCAAAACAUUUCAUCCAUGAAACGUCAGGAAAAGGUUGGUUUGUGAAGUGGAGCCCUCAGCUGGAAGUGUUGGCCAACGACGCCCUCGGUUGUUUUUUCACACACUGUGGUUGGAAUUCGACCGUUGAGGCCUUGAGCUUAGGGGUGCCAAUGGUGGGGAUGCCGCAGUGGACGGAUCAGACCACGGAUGCAAAGUUUGUGGAGGAUGUUUGGAAGGUGGGAAUUAGGGUUAGGGUUGAUGAGAAUGGGAUUGUGGGAAGAAAAGAGGUGGAGGAUUGUAUAAGAGAAGUAAUGGAGGGGGAGAGGGGGAAAGCAAUGAAGGAGAAUGCAAAGAAAUGGAGGAAGUUGGCUGUGGAGGCAGUCAGUGAAGGUGGGACUUCUGAUAAGAACAUUGAUGAAUUUGUAGCUAAACUCAUACUUAGGUCCUAGGUUGAUCAUUCAGGUCUUCAAUUAAAUCAUCAUCCAAUUAGGGUUUCUAUUUUAUAGCUCAAUUUCAAUGGGAUUUAGUUGAUGAUGUACCCCAUUAAAUUUGUAAUGUUAUUCCUCAUUCAAUAAAGUUGAUAUAUUGGCUA